AAUGGAUACGGCAGAAGAGGCGAGAUCCGAUCAUCCGAAUUCCGAACACAAAACAAAAAGAGUGAGCCAUACCUGAAAAAGGCGGGAAAACCCGGGAACCAAAGCAAAACACUCAUUUGAAAAAAAUAACAUAUAUACAUACGGAGAUAGAUAUAAAAUAAAUUAAGAUGAAAAAAUAGCAGUCGGAAGAAAGAAGAGAGUCGGAGAGUGGAAAAUAUCAAUGGCGGAAGGGAACCGUUUUCAAACCAUACUCGAUUCCAUUAAAUCCUCUGAGACUGUGGAGGAUCGUAUUCAGUUGUUCAACGAUCUCGUAACUCUAGAAAUGAACGGUGCAUCCGAUUCUGAAUGCACUUCCCUCGUCAAAUGCCUCACAACAUUUUGGGAGGAUUUCACAUGCUUGGAUGUGACCCAGUGCAUGCUAAAUGGAAGCAUUCUACAAGUGGCUUUAAAACACAUGGAUAUUUGCCUUUCCGGAUGUAUGCCACAAAUUCUGUCUCUUGGAGCCAAGGCAAGUGUCUGGUGUGGCAAGCAUUUAAAAAUGAGUCUUUUGUCAACAGAAGAGUCUCAGGAGGAAGAACAUAGCUCUGUAUUUUACAAGCUUCUUCUGGAGAUCCUAAUGUUUACUGCAUCAACCUUUUCAGCCUUGUUGAAAUUCCUUGAUUUUGGUGACAAGGAGUUGAUGAUCGUUGUUGAAACCUUCACAAUAGAAGCAUUAAAUCUAACAAAAGAUUCAAUAUCAGAGGCAAAGAAAAUCCAAUCAUUUGGACCCGACAUAUUGAAGGUUGCACAUACCCUCAUUGAUGCUGUCAUAAAAUUGUGCAAGGUGCGUUCUGAAUUGGUAAACUGGGAUACCAGUGAUGCAAAUGUAUCGAGCCUUGAUAGGCCUACUGAUGUUAAACAUGCCAUCAACAUAACAAAAUGUGCCGUAGACAAGCUAUCUCAGAUUGGUGUCAUUGCUGCAAAUGAUGGUGGCAAUUCAGUCAACAUUCUUAACGUAUCCUGGAAAGGGGUUGUUUCUCUGCUUCAAACUGGUGGGGGGCGUUUUGCUGACAUGAAUGUGACAAAUAUAGUGUUAACUUUGCUUGCAUUGAUAACCGAGCCUUUGAAGUGUGCUGCUGAGUCUUGGUCCUCAUCACUGAAGGAAACAGUUUCCGUGACUGAAGCAAAAAGGGUCUUUGUGCCUGUGAAAUUUUUCCUGAUUAAUGCUGUUAAAAUCUGUUCGAUGUAUCCUCAUCAAGCCUACACGGUGUACAAGGAGAUUACACACUCUGUCCUGAUGAUCACUUCGUUUAGGAUCUUUAUAGGUAAUGAAAAUCUUCUGAAAUGUGCAUCUUCAGUAAUUACUGACCUACUGGAGGAAACAACUUUGGAUUUGGUACUGUCUCUGCUUCAUUCUGAUCAACUAAAACUGAAACAAAAGAUUGAGGUACUGGAUUCAUUGUUCACUACUGAGGGGGUUUCUGUCCUUGAAGGUCCAAUUUUUGCUGAUUGUAACAUAGCAUGGGUUAGUGAGAUCUUCUGCAGUUCCUGUGAAGGUAUGAACAGAGCAAGAAUACUAAUCAUAAGCCGAGUUGCAUUGUUCAUUAACUUCCUCAGGUAUUCGUUUAGGCUUGAUGAAGAUAUCAAAGUGUCGAUAGUUCAGAAGCUCCAUUGGAUCUUGGAUAUCUUAAGUGAGGAAGAUGUGUACUGUCACAUGCUUGUUUUGCAACUUCCUUUACUGUAUGGAUCUGGAAAGACUGCACAUCUGGUGUGGCAGCCUAUGUUUAGUUCCCUCUUGCAAGCAUUCAAAACCUUCAUGAUUGUGAUCUGUUCAAGUACAGCUUGGGGAGAGUUGGAGUCUUUCUUAUUAGAGAAUUUCUUUCAUCCGCAUUUCCUUUGCUGGGAGGUUAUUAUGGAAUGCUGGUGUUUUGUGCUGCGACAUGCUGAAACACAGAUGGCAAGUAGCAUCAUUACCAAGCUAUGUUCAUUACUUAAGGUGCUAGCAUCCUCAAAAUCAGUUUUCCUUUCUUAUUCUUCCUUCCGAAAGUUGGCAAGAUCAAUAUGCUUGCUUCUUACACAUGGCGCAGAAUCAAUGGUUAACCAAGUGUACAUGUCCCUUGUGGGAGAUGGGAGAUCACAGUCUUCACUAGUUCUGUGUUUUUCUCUGUUAACUGAAGGUUUUCCAUUUGAUUUACUGACAGAUGAAUUGAGAAACAAUUCCAUACAAAGAAUUUUGUCUGAUUAUUUUGACUUCAUUCUUUCUGCUUGCCUGCAAUCUCUCCAGGUUGGACUAUCUGAUAUUGAUGCAAGGACCUUAAAAUUUUUGGUUUCAAUCACUUGUAACUAUAAGAGUUCAGAAGACAAAGCAAUCAAGGAUCAAUGUCUACGGCUUUUCAGCGAAACUCUAGGGAUCAUCUCAUAUCUGAAGCAUUUGUAUGCAUCAAAUGAUAUUGGACAAGUCAUCAAGGCAGUUGAAAAUAUCUUUAUCUCUGACUCUGAGCCUCCUGCAAAUUUAUACAUAUGCAAACCGAAUUUGGCUCAUUUCAUGUCAGGACUUAUACACAUGGAAAUGUUGGAAAGCGAUGAUGAUGCAAAGAGCCGUGCUGCUUGGGAAUUAUAUCACUUUCUUCUGAGAGAGCGGCACUGGGCAUUCAUUCACUUGGCAAUGACAGCAUUUGGAUAUUUUGCCGCUCGCACAAAGUGCAAUCAGCUAUGGAGGUUUGUUCCACAAGAUGCAGCACUUGCAUAUGAUAUAGUUUCAGGAGUGGAGGCAAACAAGGAGAGAUUCAUGGCUGCAUUCAGAACAUUUCUUAAUAAGGAAACAGCUCUUCUCACUGUUGCACCUUGCCCUGAUCAGCUUGAGUUGCUGAUAAGAGAAGGUCUUAUGUUGAAACAGAUGGUUCGUAAGUUUUCAGCCAUUGCUGAAGAGAGACAGCGAUUCGAGAGCAUGGAAAUCGAUGACAAGAACCAAUCAAAUAAGAAAAGAAAACUUCCAGAUGGAAUUAGCAGAGGAGUGGAAUUGCUGAAAAGUGGUUUGAAGAUUCUUGGGGAUGGUCUUUCCCAGUGGCAACCAAAUCAAUUUGACACCAAUGAACUGCAUGUCAAGUGUAUGACUCAGAUUUCUCAACUUGAAGAUGUCAUUAGUCACUUUGAGGAAUUAGCUGGAAGCAGUGAGGUACAAUAAUCUUUCAGAUAUGCUGAUGUUGAUUACUCAUCAAUUCGGGUUCCAUGCAACAAAAUCUUAUCAAUCAAACACAUGACAGAUCAGCCUAUCUGGCUUCUUUAGAACAAAACAAAAAGGUACCUCCUUAUCCCCUAUCUAGUACUUGAUGUUUUUUUUUUGUA